UGUGUUCAUGCAAGCCGCCACCAUGGUCUGCUUGCUGCUGAUGUUUGCUGCCGUCAUCAUCACAUGUGUUCAUGGGAGGAGACCUCCGUUACCUCCUCUGCCAAUGAAAGACGGCUGCUUCCAGGUGGACCCGGACGUGGAGGUGUUCAGACUGGAAGGGGAGGCAGUCAUCCUCCACUUCCCCAUGUUCUUGAGCGUUCUUCACAAACGCAAAAUCGUCCCACCGACCGCAAAGUACCUGCUCAGCAAGAGCAACGGCUCUGCCGGCCUGGUGUUCCAGGAGGAGGGCCGGGUGCAGCAGCACCACGCUCACCUGUGGUUCCUCCCAGCCCAGGCUUCAGACUCAGGGGAAUACACCUGCACCUACAGGAAUGACACGUACUGUGUGACUGGAAGUAUCAAGCUACACGUCUAUGAAUCAUCCUCUGCUGACAUGGCAAAGCUGUACUACCCGUGGACGGUGAUGGUGGGAGAGGAAAGGAAACUCACCUGUCCAUCCCUGGAGUCCUUCAACAGCACCAGCGGGCUGAUCCAGUGGUACAAGGACUCGUCCCCCUCGGCUCUUCGGCCCGGCAGACUUUUCCACGAGGACGGGGGAACGCUGAGCAUCCCUGAGGCGAGGAGAGCCCACGCAGGCGUGUACACCUGCAGGCUCAGCGUGCUGCUCAACAACCAGCACUACAACGUCAGCAGAUCCAUCCUCCUCAGCGUUCAAGGCUCAGACCCCGCCAUCAUGACCACCACCAGCACGUCGGGUGCAGGCCUGAUCGGCAGCAGCACCCACACCACAGCUGAUGCUCCUCUAGUUAAACCACCUGUGAUCAUCUCACCUCUCAACGGGACCAUUUAUGAAAGCUCACAUGGCUCGGGGCUGGAGCUCUUCUGUCAGGUGCUCACUGAAUGUCACAUGGCAGAUUCCACCGUGGUCACAUGGUUAGUGGACGGCCAGUCAGUGGAGUCGUCGUACCUGGAUAAGCGGGCUCUGCAGGGGGGCAGGAGGGUAACAAGGGUUUCCCAAGGCUGUGAGAUUGAGUUGAGGCUCAUCAUUGUGACGAUAUCUGACGAAGACGUUAAGACGGAGGUGAAGUGUGUCACUCAGAAUAAAGGAGGGAGACAGGAAGUGGUUGCACAGCUCCGGCUGGAAGACUCCACCUCCACCUGGCUGGUUGUGGCUGCGGUCGGCGUGUCCUGCUUCCUGGCCGUCGUCUCCGUCUUCCUCUACGUCCUCUGCAAACCUAAAAGGACGAAGAACGCUGAUUAUUUUCUUGCUCGCCAGAACAGCAGCUUCUCGUUCUAGGUGUUGGUUCACACACUCCGUCCACACAAACCUCCCUCAGCAUGUCUUCUGUUCCACCCUGGACCCUGUGAAUGUAAAACCGGCCACCAGGUGGCGUCGGACUCUGCUCUCUCCUACUGGAUGUCCCUCAUUAGCAGUCAUGUCUCCAGUUUUCAGUGCAGUGGCAGAAAUAACUUGCCUGAAUGUAAUACAGAAUAACCACAAUGAUGAAUCCAUUCUGAAUAUUCAUCAGAUAUUAUUUGCAAAGAUCACGUUAAGUGUAAAUCAAGAACUUAAUGUUUGCAUGUGCAGUGCUGAGGCCCUCACUUACAGUGGUGAUACAGCAACAUAUAUUGACUGAAGUUUGUCUGUAACUUUGCUCUCCUUACACCAAAGGACUCCGCAAACUCUUCUUGUUCCAGUCCAGUUUGAUUUAUUUAAGUAACCCAAUUGAAUGUUUGCCUCAAUG